AUAGCCACGUGUCCUCUUCAUUCCGUCCCUCUUUUUCCUCCUGUUGCCACCUCUCCCCUCCGCGUCGCAUCCCGUCCAAUGGCGGCGCCCGCGCUCCUCUCCGCACCGCCCCCUCCCCCACCAAUGGAAGAGGAUGGUCUCACCUCCCACGUCGCACCAACCCCCACCCCACCCCCGUCGAAGCGCGGUUUCUUGCGUGGGCGGCCGCCCAUCAGGGUGACAUCGGAGUUCGACAGCGAGCGCCAGCUCUUUUCCCACCGCAUCUCCUGCCGCGUCCUCAACGGCCUUGCCAAGCUCCGUCUCCGAGUUCACCACGGGGCCGCGGGAGGGGCCCCGACUCCCGAGGUGGCGCUCAUGGGGCGGAACUUCUCCGCCGUCGUCGACACCGCCUCCCGCGGCGCCGUGCUGCGAGGAACGGCCGACCUUGCCGGAUCGCUCCACCUUAGUGCGGCGCACAACACGAAGAAUUACCAGAAUGGAGAGCAAUCUUACAUUCAUAUUGGCUGUUCGACACACUGUUUGUCCAUCUCUUGUGACCAUGAAUAUGAUUAUUCCACUGUUUCUUGCAUUCACAUGGAUAGAUACUUCCAGUUGAAGUACAACAGUAGAAAGCUAGUGCUGAACCUCCUUGCUAGCCGGAUUCAUGGUCCAUGUACCACAGGCCUCUACGUCUGGUUCCGGUCCCAAUCUUCCUUCCACUUAGCCUCUCCUGAAUCAGGAAUACAUAUUUGUCAACGAUUACAUGACAAUCUAUUUGAUCAACCAAUGCGUUUAGAGAGAGUAAAUUCACAGGAAAUACCGGAGGGACAAGGAGAAGUGGCAGUAACUACUAAUUUGGGAGAUUCACCAUGCGAAAUUGAGUUAUCAUCGCUGGUUCCUCCUGAUGGAUUGCCAAGAGCAACCUUCUUGUUUCCUAACGGGGAAGUUUCAGUUAAGGAGAAGAAGUUGGAUGAGGGUGAGAAAAUUUUGUCAGUAAAUGGUAUAGUGAAGUCUCAUAUUCUGAAUGGAGUUUGCACUGCAUUGUACAAUGAUAAUAUGAUGAAUAUCAAGUAUCGCUAUAAGGAUGAUGAGCUAUCAUUUAUUCCCAGCCUCACUUUACCAUCAAAUUCACUAUCAUUUGCAUUUAAACGCCAGUUAACUCCUUCAGACAAGUUCAGUUACCGGUACCAUUUUGACACGAACUACUGGAGUGCUGUCUAUAAACAGAAGGCCAGUAAGCAUGUCAAAUGGAAAGCAGGUUAUGGGUCGGACGAAAGGCUUGGCUGGGCAUCUGUUUGGGUUGGCGACGCAGGCGGCAAGACAAAGGAGGCCCCCCUGAAGACAAAAGUCCAACUCAUGAUAAAAGUCCCUCAGAACAAUAUACGGAAUUCAACUGUAGUGUUCCGGGUGAAGAAAAGAUGGGAUUUUUAGUUGGGUGUGACUAUAUCUCAUCUAGAUGUGAGAUACUAUCUCACAUCUAAAUUGUGACAUAAACCACAAAUCAGCGCAUGUCCAGCACAUUA